AUGGAAAAAUAUCGUGAAUUUGCAGACGCAGCCACAGGAAUAAACCCAUUUUUGCCUGUAUGGGUUAAUAAGAAAUUGAAUGUUCACGAGAAGUUAUUAAAAUUUUUAUUAUUCCCCCUGGUAGUAUGUCGAUUUUGCUUUUUGUGUCUGACUUUAAUAUUUAUGAUUUUCCUAAACAGCAUUUUGAACUUGUUCAUAUUUCAGUGUGUAAAGGAUUUUUUUUAUCACAUAAUACAGGGAAUUUACUGUAGGUUGUUAUUAUUUUAUUUAGGAUUUUUUUAUAUAGAUGAAGAGUAUGCAAACUAUAAAAGAGUUAGAAUAAAAUGUAAUAAAAAGAAAAUUCCAUUUAGUUAUGAUGACUAUGGUCAUAUAUAUUUGUCCAAUUUUACGUCUUUUGUGGAUAUUUUAUAUUUAGCAUUUCGAUUAAAUCCAUUAUUUGUCACUAUUAAUAAGAAUGGAAGUUUAUCACCUAUGUUUUUUUUUGACUUAAUAAAAUUAUCCUUACAAUUUUCCAUACCUAAUAAGAAAGGAGAGUUUAAAAAUAUUGAACAAGUACAUAUAUAUGCCAAAAAUAAAAAAAUAAAAUCUAUUGUUAUAUUUCCCGAAGGAAUGAAAAGUAACGGAUCAUGCAUUCUUUUAUGGAAAAAUGAAAUAUUUAUGAAUUCAGAAUAUGUUAUAAAACACAAAUGUAAUUUAAUUGCAUUUAUCUACGAAACUAAUUUAAUUAAUAAAAAAUGGAAUAAUUUUUAUACUUGUCCGCAUACUGUUUUUAAUCCUGUUAUUCAUAUAAUUCUUUUAUGUUUUAAUCUAUACAACAAAAUUAAAGUUGUGUGGUUAAGUGAAAAAGACAUAUCGGAAUCGUUAAGAGAAAUGAAUUUCUCUUAUAAUGAUGAUCUUGUCCAUUACCUGAGAAGUUUGAUGGGUCUGAUGAAGCCAACUGGUGGUACUCUAGUUAAUGUCAAAGCUGAUUUAUUGGAAAAGUUUGUUAAUUAUUGGAAUAUGACCAGGAGCAAAACAUACCUAUAA